AGGCGCAAAAGCCAAAAGGCGAAGGUCGAAUCUGCGGAAAGAAGGUGCCGGAAACAUUAAAGAGAAAUAUUCAUUUAAAUUCUCCUCAGCAGAAAACUUUCCGACAUGAUCACACUGUUCAUGGAACAGUGUUGAAAGCGCUGAUGACCCAAUACUGAAGGCAUACAUAGUAGUACAUACAAAAGAAGCUGAAAGUGAGAGCCUCUGAGUCUGAGUUUGGAGGAAUGUCCACAUGGAUGGCUAAAAUGAAGACACGUUUGCAAAACAUAAUGAUAAUAUCCACUUGCUUUGCUCUUCUGAAUUUCUUGACUCUCCGAGUCAGCGCCACCGAAACAGUUAAUCUCGUGGACACCUGUGGCCAGACCAUCCAGGGUGACAGAAUCACAGUGAAAUCCCAUCAGGAGUCAAGGAAGCACUACUUUGUCACCAUGGAAACAGACUGUCACCUCACUAUGCAGGCAGUAUCCCCCAGAGACAAUGUGCAGUUCCACUUCCGUUCCUUCCUUGUCUACAGCCUGCUACGUGUUUCUCCAUUCAUCGAGCAGCAUUUUACUUCAUCAACACCUCUCCCAGAGGCCUCCAGGAGCCUCCCUCUUCCAGUUCCUACAAAACCUGGGCUUUGGAGUGAGCUCACUACCAUGGAAGGGUCUGGCGAUCCUUGUUAUGCUGGUUCUUACAUACAGUUCUAUGAUGGAAAAAAUAAAGCCUCCCCACCUAUUGGUUCAAAACUAUGUGGGAAAAGUUUGCCCAAAGCUGUCAUGUCCACCGGAAACUAUUUAACUCUGCGAUUGGUGACCAGGGGAUCUCAACCGAGAGUGGAUUUUGUAGGAGUUUUCACAUCAUUUAGACCGGGUCAACAGUCAGAUGGAAUAUCAGUCCCAUCUAUUCCAUCGUUGGUGCCAUCUUUAGUGCCGUUAGCAAACAGAAGCUGCGGGACCCCAGACAUCAUUAAACCAGACACUGUUACAGAUUCUCAGACCAAUAUCCUGGUCUUGAUCCUAUACAUUACUCUCGGGUUGCUGGCAGGUGUGGUGGUCUUGUGCUGGUGCUGCUGGUCUCCAGGCUGGUUCCUGUGGAGGGUAAGCAUCUGCCACUUCCUGUCCUGCUGCAGCUCCACUUGUGGCUCUUGCAAACUCUGCACCUUCAGCUGCUCCUGCACAGAGUUUCGCCUAAGCAAGGUUACACCCCAUGGGACUACUAACACCACCGUUGCUAUGUAACUGCAAUACUUAAUCACUUGUGGCAAAUUGCAUAGACAUUGAUAGAUAAGAGAACCACUAACAAAAGGCAAGAGUUUUUGACUUUGGAAUUUAAUCCAAGGGUGGCAAAGCAAGUUAUUUCCGUUUCCAUGUUUCAUAGAAAUGGUUACACUACUGUUUAAAAAAUGUCAUUCAAAAACUAAUUUUUAUCUUGCAGAUGUACAAUACAUGAAUUAUUUUGUAAUGUUAUGGCAUAGAUGACAUAGCUAAUAAAAAGUGAAAGCUACAAAAAAAAAAUUGUAAUAACUGAGAAGUAGAUGGCUCAAGUGCAGCACCUGCCUGUCUUCUCCUCUCAAACGAUGCCCCACAGGACUUGAUGCUGGGUCCUUUACUCUUCUCAGUCUACUCUGCUUCCCUUAGCUCUGCCAUUGUUUCUUAUGACAACUUCUACAGCUGCUAUGCAGAUGAUAUGCAGCUCUUUCUCUCUUUCCACAAUAAUACAAAUGUAUUAGAUAAUAACCAAAUAAUUAGUGGCCAUGCAGCUGUGUGUAUCACCAGAUGACUAAACCUGCUGGACUACUAAGUGUUCCAUAAUAUGUGUGACAUUUAAAAUAAUGUGUAAAUAAUUCAUUAAUAUGCUGCCUUAUUGCAUUCUUGAAACAAUAAAAAUGUCAGGAUUACAAAUCAAAUAAAGGGUUGAAUGAUCUGACAAAAAUUUAUAAGCAGGAUUUCAGGUGUCAGUAGGCGUAAGAGGAACUUACAGGAGCAAUGCGUUUUCACAGAAUGAGCACAUGGAAUGCAGGUAUUGACAGCCUUGCUGCCUUUCCUUUCAUAUAGGAAUCCUACAUUUAAAUUAACAAAACAUAUAGUUUACUAUAUGCAUGCAUA